CCACCCUGUAAAUCACCAGGGCGCAGCCUCAGUGCCAGGCCCCUCCCGCAACGCUUCUUUCCAGGCUGGAGGCCUUGGCUGCCACGUGACUCCCGCCAACCCCGGAUGAUGGCGCAGCGCGGUGCACGCAGGCGCAGUGUGGGGCCCGAGCGGCAGAAGCACGCCCGGUAAGCUGCUGGACGUGUGCUACGGCGGGCGGAGGGCGAGGCGCGAUAGCGAGCGGAGGGCCGAGAGCCCAGGAUGUGGGGCCAGGGUCACUUUUCUAGAGCUUCUGCAACGGGAAGUGUGAGUUUUUCAGGAGUUGUCCAAAUGGAUGAAGAUACACGUUACGAUAAAGUGGAAGAUGUGGUUGGAAGUCACAUAGAAGAUGCAGUAACAUUUUGGGCCCAGAGUAUCAGUAGAAAUGAGGAUAUCGUGAAGAUUGGUUGCUCACUUUCUGAAGUUUGUCCUCAGGCCAGUUCAGUUUUGGGGAAUCUUGACCCAAAGAAGAUUUAUGGUGGAUUAUUUUCUGAAGAUAAGUGUUGGUACAGAUGCAAAGUACUGAAAAUCAUCAAUGACGAAAAGUGUCUGGUGAGAUACAUUGACUAUGGAAAUACUGAAAUUCUAAAUCGAUCUGAUAUAGUUGAAAUUCCUUUGGAGCUGCAAUUUUCUAGUGUUGCAAAAAAGUAUAAACUUUGGGGACUACAAAUUCCUUCUAAUCAAGAAGUUACCCAGUUUGAUCAGGGCAGAACCUUUUUGGGGAGCUUGAUUUUUGAAAAGGAAAUAAAAAUGAAAAUUAAAGCAACCUCUCAAGAUGGAACAGUUAUUGCUCAGGCCGAGUAUGGCAGUGUGGAUAUAGGGGAAGAGGUGUUUAAGAAAGGAUUUGCAGAAAAAUGCAAACUCACUUCCAGAACUGACAACUGUGAGGAAAAUAAAUCGGAUCCUGGUCAACUUGUUCUAAGGAACCUCAAAAGCCCCAUUCCUUUGUGGGGGCAUAGAUCAAACCAGUCAACUUUCAGUAGACCCAAGGGGCGUUUAAGUGGGAAGCUGACUCUUGACUUGAAGAAUGAAAACGAUUCAGGAAAUCCUAUGACAUUUCCAAAGGAAAGUUUGGCUGUUGGUGACUUUAAUUUAGGGUCUAAUGUCAGCCUGGCAAAAAUUAAGCAGGACCAGAAACUGAUUGAAGAAAAUGAAAAACUUAAAACAGAGAAGGACGCGCUUCUUGAAAGUUACAAGGCAUUAGAAUUGAAAGUAGAACAGAUUGCCCAGGAGCUGCAGCAAGAGAAAGCAGCUUCCGUGGAUUUGACUCAUCAUUUACAAAGCACUCUGAAGAACUGUAUAGAUACCAGAAUGAAAAAUCUGGCAGCUAAGAUGAAAAUGCUGAGAGAAAUGAGACAUGUUAGCAUCACUUUUCGUUUUGGAAAUGACCUUUCAGAAGCUAUACAAGUGUUGGAUGAAGGGUGCUUUACAACUCCAGUUUCUUUGAAGGGAUUAGAGAUAAUGUGGGCAGAAUACAUUCUGGCUCAGGAGAAGAUUAAAACUUGUGAAAAUGUGAAUGAAGGGAAUAUUUUGAUUGCCCAAAGAAAUGAAAUGCAGCAGAAGCUGUACAUGUCAGUAGAAGAUUUAAUUCUAGAAGUUGAUGAGUCAUCUCUUCAUAAACGCUUAAAAACAUUGCAGGAUUUGUCAGCCUCUUUAGAAGCAGUGUAUGGACAAGCCAGAGAAGGAGGAAACUCUGACGAAAUACUUAAAAAAUUUUAUGACUGGAAGUGUGAUAAAAGAGAAGAGUUCACCAAUGUUAGAAGUGAAACAGAGGCUUCUCUACAGCGUCUUGUAGCAUGGUUCCAAAGAACCUUAAAGGUUUUUGACCUAUCUGUGGAAGAAUCACUGAUUUCUGAAGACACAAUUGGUAAUAUUGAUGAAAUCCUAGAGAAGACUGAGUCAAGUGUCUGCAAAGAGCUGGAGAUAUCUCUGAUUGAUCAAGGUGAUGGAGACAAGGAGAUAAUUUUAAAUACAUAUAGUCAAAUACUGCAAAAGAUUCGUUCAGAGGAAAGGCUCAUUACCACAGUACAAGCUAAGUACAAGGACAGUAUUGAGUUUAAACAGCAGCUUAUUGAAUAUUUAAAUAAGACUCCCAGUGUGGAUCAUUUGCUGUCCAUUAAGAAGACAUUGAAAAGCUUAAAAGCUCAACUGAGAUGGAAAUUGGUUGAAAAGAAUAAUUUGGAAGAAUCAGAUGACCCUGAUGACUCUCAAAUUGAGAAAAUAAAAGAAGAAAUAACCCAGCUGCGCAAUAAUGUCUUUCAGGAAAUUUAUUAUGAGAGGGAGGAAUAUGAGAAGCUGACUAGUUUGGCACAGAAAUGGUUCCCUGAGCUGCCUCUGCUUCAUCCUGAAAUAGGAUUACUCAAAUACAUGAACUCUGGUGGUCUCCUUACAAUGAGCUUGGAACGAGAUCUUCUUGAUGCUGAGCCCAUGAAAGAACUUAGCAGCAAGCGUCCUUUGGUAUGCUCUGAGGUUAAUGGGCAGAUAAUUCUGUUAAAGGGCUAUUCUGUGGAUGUUGACACAGAAGCCAAGGUGAUUGAGAGAGCAGCUGCCUAUCAUAGAGCUUGGAAAGAAGCUGAAGAAGAGUCAGGGUUACUUCCAUUGAUAUUCCUGUUUUUAUGUAAGUCUGAUCCUAUGGCUUAUGUGAUGGCCCCAUACUACCCUAGGGCAAACCUGAGUGCCAUUCAAGCCAGCAUGCCUUUGAAUUCAGAAGAAGCCUUAAAGGUCAUGAAAGGUGUUGCCCAGGGCCUGCAUACAUUGCAUAAGGCUGACAUAAUUCAUGGAUCACUUCAUCAGAACAAUGUAUUUGCUUUAAACCGUGAACAAGGAAUUGUUGGAGAUUAUGACUUCACCAAAUCUGUGAGUCAGCGAGCCUCAGUGAACAUGAUGGUUGGUGACUUGAGUUUGAUAUCACCUGAGUUGAAAAUGGGAAAACCUGCUUCUCCAAGUUCAGACUUAUAUGCUUAUGGCUGCCUUUUAUUAUGGUACAGACAGGGUUUCAUGAUGUUGGCAAGGCUGACCUCGAACUCCUGACCUCAAGUGAUCUGCGUGUAUCAGCGUUCUACAGUGCCGGGUUUAUAGGUGUGAGCAGCCGGGCCCGGUCAGGCGUGUCUUAAAGGAAGCACAGAGCUGUGUGUUUCAGGCAAGUUCUCACUGUGAGUGGAAAAAACAAAGGUGACUCAGCAGGGGGCAAUACUGGGUGAAAAUGCUGACUUAGCGUCCAUGAGGCCUUCAGGGACCUGUGUCCUAGAGUCAGAAAUAGAACCUGAAGUUGUAGAGUAAUGCAGAAGCUACCCCCGCAAGGAUGGUUAUUAAAAAAUGUCUUUUAGCCAUUUAUACAUCAGAAAUCUCUAGUUAUGAGAGGCACUAGGUUGUCUGAUAAAGUUCAGUUUCAGGAAAUCAAGGUAUCAAAAGUGAAAUUUGAUUAUUUUGAUUAAUUCCCACCCCUUCUUCAUUUCUUUUCAGUCAUCUGUUUCUUCUUAAUUCUCCAGUUCCUGUUCACUGAGUUCAUUGACAAAAGAUACACACUUGGGGCCUGGAACAUUCUGUGUGUGCAAUAAUGAUGAGCCACUGAAGUCUACCAUCUUAGGAACCCUUGUUGCUCCUCACAUACUGAACCCUGCUCACUCCUAAUGGGCAGAUCUAGAGGAAUCUGUUCCUGAUCAUUGGCCAGGCCAGGAAAGGGCUUCACUGCACAAGGGGCUACCCUCUGACCUUGAAGGGAAUGGUCAUAGUGUGUAUUAUAGUAGCCUCAUGACAUCACCAACCCAUGCCUCAUUUCAUAGUGGCUAGUGGGUUUUACUGAAUUAAAGUAGUUGUGUCCAGUUUCCCUUUUAGAAAAAUUCAUACAACAUAUUAAAGUAUUUCUAGCCCACAUUAAUAGAAAAGUACAUCUUUUGGAAAGCUAAUUCAUAUUAAUGAGAUAUCUUCCUAUAACAUCUCCCUUCUUCUCUCCUUAUCAAGAAAGGUGAGAAUGAUGGUUUCCAUCUUUUCUUUACUCAUGUCCCUGCAAAGGACUUGAACUCAUCCUUUUUAAUGGGUGCAUUGUAUUGUAUGGUAUAUAUGUGCCACAUUUUCUUUUCCAGUCUAUCAUUGAUGGACAUUUGGGUUGGUUCCAAGUCUUUGCUAUUGGGAACAGUGCUGCAGUACAUAUAUGUGUGUAUGUGUCUUUAUAAAAAAAAUAAAAAAUAGCGUGCACACAUAUGACAACUGGCUUUUGACAAAGGAGACUACUCAACAAAAAUGAUACAGGACAACUCAUACCAUAUGUAGAGAAUAAGUUUUGAUUCAUUCAUCGCACCAUGCACUGGGCAUAGUGAUGUGUGCCUGUAAUCCCAGCUACUAGGGAGGCAGAGAGGAGAAUCACUUGAACCCAGGAGGCAGAGGUUGCAGUGAGCCAAGAUUGCACCACUGCACUGCAGCCUGGGCAACAAAGUGAUACUCUGUCUCAAAAAAAAAAAAAAAAAAAAACCCUCAGAAUGUGUAUCAGACCUAAAUGUAAAGCCUGAGUCUCUAAAACUUCUAGAAGAAAAUAUAGGGUAAAAUCUUAUUUGACUUUCAGUCUGGCAAAGAUUUCUUAAGUAGGACACAGAAUACAUCAACUCUCAAAGAAAAAAAUCAUUUGGAUUUCAUCAAAAUUCAAAACUUUGCUCUUUAAAAGACAUUGUCACAAAAAUGAAAGGCAAGCUACAGACUGGGAGAAGAUAUUUGCAAAACAUGUAUCUGACAAAACCAUUGUAUCCAGAUUAUUAAGUGCUCCUAUAAUCAAUACUAAGAAGACUGCCCGGUUAAGAAAGGGGGAAAAUGUUUGGAGAAGGCACUUUACCAAAGAAGAACGUGUCCACAUGGCAUGUAAGCAUAUGAAAGAUGCUCUGAACACCAUUAGUCAUUAGGGAACUACAGAUUAAAACCAAAAUGAGAUACCACUGGACUACUCACUAUAAUGUCUAAAAUUAAAAAGAUCAUACCAAGUGUUGCUUAGAUGUGUUGGGUAUCUGGAACUCAUAUAUACUGCCCAAGGGAGUGUAAAGGGAACAACCACUUUGAGAAACAUUUGGCAGUUUGUUAAAAGGUUGAACAUACACCUGCCCUAUGACUCAGCAAUUCCACUCCUGGAUAUUUAGCCAAAAGAAGUGAAAGCAUAUGGCCUCACAGAGACUUAUAUGUAACUAUUGAAAGAAUUUAUGUGUAAGAGAUGAAAACUAGAAACAACUCAAAGUUCAUCAACAGAUGAAUGGAUAAACAGUUUGCUAUGUAUGUGUCUGUCUAUUGAAGUACUACUCAGGAAUAAAACAAUUGAACUAUAAAUAUAACUCAGUAAGAUGGAUGAAUCUUAAAAUAAUUCUGCCAAGAGAAAGAAGUCAGAUGAUAUGGUUUGGCUGUGUCUCCACCUAAAUCUCAAGUUGCAUUGUAAUUCCCAUCCGUCAAGGGUGGGGUCAGGUGGAGAUAAUUGAAUCAUGGAGGCAGUUUCCCUCAUGCUGUUUUCAUGGUAGUGAAUAAGCCUCACAAGGUCUGAUGGUUUUGUAAGGGGUGUUUCCCCUUUUGCUUGACAAUUCUCCUUGAUGCUGCUACGUGAAGAAGGAUGUGUUUACUUUCUUUCUUGCCAUGAUUGUAAGUUUCCUGAGGACUCCCCAGCCAUGCUGAACUGUGAGUUAAUUAAACCUCUUUCCUUUAUAAAUUAUCCAGUCUUGAGGAUGUCUUUAUUAGCGGUGUGAGAAUGGACCAAUACAAUAAAUUUAUAUCGAGAUUGGGAUGCUGCUGUAAAUAUACCAGAAAAUGUGGAAAUGACUUUGCAACUGGGUAGUACACCAAGGUUGGUACAAUUUGGAGGGCUCAGAAGAGGACAGGAAGAUGUGGGAAAGUUUGGAACUUCCUAGAGACUUGUUGAAUGGCUUUGAGCAAAAUGCUGGUAGUUAUAUGACCAGUGAAGUCCAGGUUGAGGUGGUCUCAGCUGGAGAUGAGGAACUUGUUAGAACUGGAAUAAAUGUGACUCUUUCUGUUUUAGCAAAGAGACUGGAGGCAUUUUGUCCCUUCCCUAGAGAUUUGUGAAACUUUGAACUUGAGAGAGAUGAUUUAGGGCAUCUGACAGAAGAAAUUUCUAAGUAGCAAAUUGUUUAAGAGGUGACUUGAGUGCCAUUGAAAGCAUUGUUUUAUGUAUUUACAAAGAUAGGGUUUGGAAUUAAAACUUAGGUUUAAAAGGGAAGCAGAGUAUAAAAGUUUGGAAAAUUUACAGCCUAAUGAUGCAAUAGGAAAGAAAAACCCAUUUCUGGGGAGAAAUUCAAGUCAGCUGCAGAAAUAUGCAAAAGUAACAAGUAGCCAAAUGUUAAUCACUAAGACAAUGGGGAAAAUGUCUCUAGAGCAUGUCAGAAACCUUUGCAGUAGCUCCUCCCAUCACAGACCCAGAGGCCUAGGAGGAAGAAAUGGUUUCAUGGGCUGCACCCAGGGGCCCCCUUGCUGUGUGCAGCCUUGGGACAUGGUGUCCUAUGUCCCAGCUGCUUCAGUUGUGGCUAAAAUGGGCCAAGGUAUAGCUCAGGUCAUGGCUUCAGAGGGCACGUGCCCCAAAACUUGGCAGCUUCCAUCUGGUGUUGAGCCUGUAGGUACACAGAAGUCAAGAAUGGAGGUUUGGGAGCUUCCACCUAGAUUUCAGAGGAUGUAUGGAAAUGCCACGUGUCAAGGACAGAAAGGUCCAGGUGGAGAUAACUGAAUUAUGGAGUGGUUCUCCCAUACUAGUGUCAUGACUUUAGCCCUAUGCCUACAUGUUUAUUUAAAGUUGUCUGGUUUCAUAGAAUCAGCACCCUCAUGGAAAUAAACUAGCAUCCUUUUCAUUGGUGCUUCAGUAGUCUAUUUAUUAUGUUUGUCAGAAGGGUGAAAGUAUCAAUAUCAAAUAUUUUUUUAGUUUAUUUGUUCACCAGUUGCAGAACAUUUGCAUUGUCUCCAGUUUUUGGCUAUUAUAGAUAAAGCUACUGUGAACAUUUGUAUAUAAGUUUUUAUGUGAACAUAAAUUUUUAUUUCUACAGGGUAAAUACCUAGGAGUGAAAUUGCUGAGUCAGACUGUAAUUGUAUGUAUUACUCUAUAAGGAGCUGCUAAACUGUUUUCCAGAGUAGCUGUAUUAUUUUUCAUUCCCAUCUGCAGUAUAUGAAUAUAUUCACUUGUUCAGCAUCAUUGUCAGCACCUGGUAUUGUGAUUAUCUUCUAUUUUAGCCAUUCUCAUUGGUGUGUGGUAGUGUUUCGUUGUGGUUUUAAUUUCUCUAAUGGAUAAUGAUGUUGAGCAUCUUUUAGUUUGUUUAUUAUUGGCUUCCUGUAUUUUCUUUGGUAAAGUGUCCGUUCA